UCCCUGGCUGUUCCGGAGAGACGCCUCCCUCCCUCCGCCCCUCUGAUCCUCUUAUCAGCGAGUAAGCGGCCAAGAUGGAUGUUGUAAACCAGCUGGUGGCCCAAGGGCAGUUCACUAUACUCAAACAACCGCUGGGAUUUAUCAAAGUUCUACAAUGGAUCUUUGCCAUCUUUGCCUUCUCGACAUGCGGCAGCUACUCCGGCAUGUUCAAGAUGAGCGUGGAGUGUAAAAACCGGUCGGAGAGCGACCUCGGGAUAGAAGUAGAAUUUGAAUAUCCGUUCAGGCUCCACCAGGUGUACUUCGACGCCCCCACCUGCAAGGGAGAGAACCCCGAGCGCCUCUUCCUGGUCGGGGACUACUCUUCCUCCGCCGAGUUCUUCGUCACCAUCGGUGUCUUCUCCUUCCUCUACGCCAUGGCCUCCCUCUCUGUGUACUGCUUCCUCCUGGAGAAGUACCGCGAAAACUGCAAGGGGCCCCAGAUUGACUUCGUGGUGUCGGCAGUGUUUGCCUUCAUGUGGCUGGUCUCCUCAUGUGCUUGGGCUAAAGGUUUGUCGGAUGUGAAAACAGCCACGGAUCCGGAGCGGGUCGUCACGCUCAUCGCCGCCUGCGAGGAACCAGAGAACCGCUGCCGUGAAGUCAACGACCCCAAAGUGUCCGGCCUCAACACCUCUGUGGCUUUCGGCUUCAUCAACCUGAUCCUGUGGAUAGGAAACCUGUGGUUCGUGUUCAAGGAGACCGGCUGGAUGGCCGCUUUCGGCGGAACAUACGUCCCGUCUCAGGAGAAGCAGCCCGCCCCUGACUCCUUCGCCCAGGAAGGCUACGCCCAGCAGGACCCCUACGCCGGCUCCCAGGGAGGGUACCAGCCCGAGUACGGCCAGCAGGGGUAUAACGAGGAGGGGGGGUACAGCCAGGGCUAUGAGCAGCAGCCCACCUCCUUCUCCAAUCAGAUGUGAGACCGUCCCACCAAACCUCAGCUGCAGGAUGGGUGACCUUGUGUUUCUGGAGUGGCUCUGGACCCCCGCCUGCGUUUCCACACUCCUUUGUGUGUCUGUUUGUGUAUCUGUGAGUGACAGGCGGAGGGAGGGGGGCACCACGGGAGGGGGGGGGGGUGGUUGUUAUAAUAUGUUGUUUAUUCUCGUGAUGUAUUUAACUGUAGAAGACAACACAGGAUUGUCUGUUUGGUUAUAACGAGAAAAACUUGAAUACAAAAACCAAAACAUUGGAACAUUUAAAGAGAAAUCUUGUAUUGGGAAAGACUUACAUUUAUGGGAGGGGGGGGGGGAAUUGUAGUAAUAUUUAACUUGGGAGAAUGUAUUUGUCUGUGCUGUGUAAAUAUCAACAUGCUGAUAUAUAUGAUUAUAUGUACACAGUUGAAUAAUGGUGCACUCCAUAAAAGUUGUUAUACAACAAAUGUUGAGCACAGAGUUAUUCAAUUGCAUUUACUUUGGUUCUGUUUAGGAGCUCACAUAGUUUAGCCUUUGCCCUUCAAAUAAUCCCCUUAAAUGAAUCAUAAAACAAUCAUUAAUUCAUCUCAGAAUAUAUCAACAUCUUCUGCUUUAAUCACUGACAGGAUUUAAGAAAUAAGGGGUGAAGAAAAACCGAAUUUAAUACAAAAAGUGAGCGGAGUGAUUUAUGGUAACACAGUGAAUAGAUGAUAGUAGUAGGUUGUUUUAUUUUACGUUUUUAUAUAUAUUUUUCCAUCAAAUAUCACUAUCGAAUGACUUAUUUAAAAACCUGACAUAUAAGAUCAAAAAGUUGCAUAAUAAUAAUAAUAAUUUAAUCUUUGCUGUGCUGCUAUAGUGUGCUAUCAGUAAGGACUUUGUGAACCGGAGCCGCGAACAACACAUUUUUAGCGACGUGUGUGUUUGUUUCUUCGUUUUGGAUUUAUGUGAUCGAGCUGUCGAAGAACCUUCGUCCUGUUUUUUUAUCGCCUGUGUGUUUGUUCCGGAAAGUUGUCAGACAGAGUCAUGUAGUUUUCUAACCGGUGUUUCUAUCACACUGUAAUCAGUGGCGUACAUACUCACGGAUAUUUCAGUAAAAACACGUUGUUAUUAUUGUUAUAACGAGGCGGUGUGAACGAUAUAAAACCUCUCGUGCAUCCUCAGCCCUUCUUCAUCUCCUCUCUUUCUGAAGGUGAAUUUACUGCAUGCAUCCUUAUAUCCUAAAAGCAUCCGUCAACGUAUUCGAGAGGCUUUAAAGCUGCAGGAAAGUGAGAAUACACGGUAAAACCCAGGGGUGGAAAAGUGUUUACUUACGUGCAAUUUGGAGGUACUUUAUACUUCUACUCCACUACAUCGAAAAAGGACAAUCAUCAAUUUUUACUUCACUUGAUUUAUUUGAAUGCUUAAGAUUGAGAUUUUGCAUCAAAUAACAAGACGCAUCUCUAGAGAUUAAACCAGUCAAAUAACUAGAAGAGGUCAAAUAAAAGAUUAUCGUUAAAACAAAACAAUUUUCUUUUAUCUGAAAUAUUA